AAGUUGAGGAACUGCGCUGUGUUUUCUUAGAUUUUAAUGUCAGCUCUAUCAGUCAGUAACUGUUCACCAUGCAUUGAUUUAAACGAAUACAAUGACUCUAUUUAAAUGAUGUAUUUAUUAUGAGUUAGACGAAAUGUUUAAAAUCAUAACCAGCGCAGUUUUUCAGCCUUUAUAGACAGGUUUUAGGGAAGGUCUGAGAGAAAAUCAUCAUGGUCAAGCUGCUUUUUCUCAUUUUGGCAUCAUGUUGCAUCGGAGAGUCAAAGAGGAGAAAUGUCCUGUUAAUAAUUGGUCUUUUCUCUCCACCAGCUGAUGAUGCAGGCUUUGAGACGGAGGUGUACAACAACUCUGUGGUCCAUACUCCACACUUACGAUCUCUGGCCCAGCGCAGCCUGGUGUUCAACAACGCAUUCACAUCUGUCAGCAGCUGCUCCCCCAGCCGCUCCACCAUCCUCACAGGACUUCCACAGCACCAGAAUGGCAUGUAUGGGCUUCAUCAGGGUGUUCACCACUUUAACUCGUUUGAUGGAGUACAGAGUCUACCGCUGCUCCUUGGCCAAGCAAACGUACACACAGGUAUAAUUGGGAAGAAGCAUGUAGGUCCUGGAUCUGUUUACCCGUUUGAUUUUGCCUACACAGAGGAGAACAACUCUGUGCUACAGGUGGGAAGAAACAUCACCCGCAUCAAACUUCUGGUCCGCAAGUUUUUCCAAACCCAUAAGGAGGAAGACCAUAUAAAAGAUGAAGAGAGGUCGUUUUUCCUCUAUGUUGCCUUCCAUGACACCCACAGAUGUGGACAUUCACAGCCUCAGUACGGGGCUUUCUGUGAGAAAUUUGGAAAUGGUGAAAUGGGAAUGGGAAGAAUACCUGACUGGACUCCAGAGUAUUACACCCCAGAACAAGUGAAGGUUCCUCCUUUUGUGCCAGACACGCCUGCAGCACGAGCAGAUUUGGCUGCACAGUACACAACAGUUAGUAGGCUGGACCAAGGUAUUGGUCUGGUCCUGCAAGAGCUCAGGGACGCUGGAUAUGAAAACGACACUCUGGUCAUCUACAGCUCAGACAAUGGCAUCCCUUUCCCAAACGGCAGGACUAACCUGUAUCACUCUGGGACUGCAGAGCCCAUGCUGGUGUCCUCUCCAGAGCACCGGGAGCGAUGGGGCGACAUUAGCCAGGCCUACGUCAGCCUGCUAGACAUAACUCCCACCAUUCUGGACUGGUUUUCUGUCCCCUACCCGUCCUACAGCCUCCCCGGCAGCCCUUCAACCCCCGUCCACCUGACUGGGCGCUCCUUACUGCCCGCCCUUGUCUCUGAGCCCAGCAGCUGGCACACGGUCUACGCCAGUCAGUCCCUCCAUGAGGUUACCAUGUACUAUCCAACCCGCUCUGUCCACCAGGGGGCGUACCACCUCCUCCACAACCUUCACUACCGCAUGCCCUUCCCCAUUGACCAAGAUCUGUACGUGUCACCCACCUUCCAAGACCUGCUGAACCGCACCCACCUCAGAGAGCCCACACACUGGUUCAAAAGCCUGCAGCAGUAUUACUACAGAGAGCGCUGGGAGCUGUACGACUCCAGGGCAGAUCCACUGGAAACAAAGAACCUGGUAUCAGACCCCUCCUACAGCACCGUGCUGGAGAGCCUGAGGCAGAGUCUGCAGAAGUGGCAGUGGGAGACAGGAGACCCCUGGGUCUGUGGACCUGACUACGUCCUGGAGGACAAACUGGAGCCGCACUGUAGACCACUCUACAAUGGACUCUGAUGAUAUUUGUACAUUUCUGACCGACUCAAAGUCUGCUUAAAGUGACACAUUCUUCUAAUGAAAUAAAUUACUUUUAUAGGCAUUUGUAUUAUAUUAAAAUGUUGCUGCUUUGUUCAGAAAUAAAAAAAACUUGAAUUA